AUGCACCAGGUAGCUAGUGUAGUCCAGAUCUGUGAUGACAUUGGGCUGUAUGACAAAUGUUCUUAUACCUCGCGUGACCGAGGAUGGGUCGUUGGCAUUCACACCGUCAGUGACCAAGGCAACAGAGACCCACGCUACUUUUUCUCCUUGAAGACAGACCGGGCCCGGCAAGUGACUACAAUCAAUGCCCACCGCAGCUACCUCCCAGGCCAGUGGGUAUACCUAGCUGCCACCUAUGAUGGGCAGUUCAUGAAGCUCUAUGUGAAUGGUGCCCAGGUGGCGACCUCUGGGGGACAAGUGGGUGGCAUAUUCAGCCCACUGACCCAGAAGUGUAAAGUGCUCAUGUUGGGGGGCAGUGCUCUGAAUCACAACUACCGAGGCUACAUUGAGCACUUCAGUCUGUGGAAGGUGGCCAGGACGCAGCAGGAGAUACUGUCCGACAUGGAAACCCAUGGCGUCCACACUCCUCUACCUCAGCUCCUCCUACAGGAGAACUGGGACAAUGUGAAGCGCAUCUGGUCCCCCAUGAAGGAUGGCAACAGCCCCAAAGUGGAAUUAAGCAAUGCCCAUGGCUUUCUGCUGGACACGAGUUUGGAACCCCCUCUGUGUGGGCAGACGUUGUGUGACAACACAGAGGUCAUUGCCAGCUAUAACCAGCUCCCGAGUUUCCGACAGCCCAAGGUGGUACGCUACCGUGUGGUCAACCUCUAUGAUGAUGACCAUGAGAACCCCACAGUGAGCCGCCAGCAGGUUGACUUCCAGCACCGGCAGCUGGCUGAGGCCUUCAAGUACUACAACAUCUCCUGGGAGCUGGAGGUGUUGGAGGUGAGCAAUUCCUCUCUGCGCCACCGACUCAUCCUGGCCAACUGUGACAUCAGCAAGAUCGGAGAUGAGAACUGUGACCCUGAGUGCAAUCACACAUUGACUGGCCAUGAUGGUGGGGAUUGCCGCCACCUGCGCCACCCUGCCUUCAUGAAGAAGCAGCAGAACGGGGUCUGUGACAUGGACUGCAACUAUGAACGGUUCAGCUUUGAUGGUGGAGAGUGCUGUGACCCUGAAAUCACCGACGUCACCAAGACUUGCUUUGAUCCCGACUCUCCGCACAGAGCCUACUUGGAUGUUAAUGAGCUGAAGAACAUUCUUAGAUUGGACGGAUCAACACAUCUCAAUAUUUUCUUUGCAAAUUCCUCAGAGGAGGAGUUGGCAGGAGUAGCAACUUGGCCAUGGGACAAGGAGGCCCUAAUGCACUUAGGUGGCAUUGUCUUGAACCCAUCUUUCUACGGCAUUCCUGGGCACACUCACACCAUGAUCCAUGAGAUCGGCCAUAGCCUGGGUCUCUACCAUAUCUUCCGAGGCAUCUCAGAAAUUCAGUCCUGCAGUGAUCCCUGCAUGGAGACAGAGCCCUCCUUCGAGACUGGAGACCUCUGCAAUGACACCAACCCAGCCCCCAAACACAAGUUCUGUGGUGACCCAGGGCCAGGGAAUGACACCUGUGGCUUCCAUAGCUUCUUCAACACUCCUUACAACAACUUCAUGAGCUACGCAGAUGAUGACUGUACAGACUCCUUCACACCCAAUCAAGUCGCCAGAAUGCACUGUUACCUGGACCUGGUGUACCAGAGCUGGCAGCCCUCCAGGAAGCCAGCGCCUGUUGCCCUCUCCCCCCAGGUUGUGGGCCAUACAACAGACUCCAUGACGCUAGAGUGGUUUCCACCCAUCGAUGGCCACUUCUUUGAAAGAGAAUUGGGAUCAGCAUGCGACCUUUGCCUGGAAGGGAGAAUCCUUGUGCAGUAUGCUUUCAACGCCUCCUCCCCAAUGCCCUGCGGUCCAUCAGGACACUGGAGCCCUCGAGAAGCAGAAGGUCAUCCAGAUGUUGAACAGCCCUGUAAGUCAAGUGUCCGCACCUGGAGUCCAAAUUCA